AUGCAACCGGCGGAGCACGGCGGCGGGCCGGCGGCGCCGCCGCAACGCCGCCCCCCGGUGUUGGUGAGGGCGGCGAUGAGGGUCUCCAGGGCGAGAUGGUACGCCUUCCUGAGGAGAGUCUUCCGCCACCAGAACGGCCCCGUUGGGGGAGACUCAUCGGCCAACCCGUUCGGUUCUUCGCUGUGGGCGGCGCUGGAGUUCGCCUCCGUCCUGGUCCAGCUCGCCGUCGCCGCCAUAACGGUCGCCGUAGCCGCCGCCCGCGGCGAGCGCCCCGCCUGGCCCCUGAAAAUCUGGCUCGCCGGGUACUCCCUCGGGAACCUCCUCAGCCUCGCCCUCCUCCUCCAUCGCCUCCUCUCCCACCGCCGCCGCCCCUCCGCCGGCAACGAUGUCGAGCAGCCCGGCGGCGCCGCCGUGGAGGCGGCGGAGAAGGGGAGGACGGUGAUGGAGCUGUUCCACGCGGUGUGGUUCGUGAUGGGGAACAUAUGGCUGCUGGACUCCCGGUGGGUGUCGUCGGGGCAGGCGCCAGCGCUGUACGCGCUGGGGCUCGGCCUGUUGGCAUGGAACGCCGCCGCGUACGCCUUCCCGUUCCUCGUCUUCCUCCUCCUCUGCUGCUGCGUGCCGAUCGCCAGCGCCGCGCUGGGCUAUAACAUAAACCUCGCCGCCGAUCACCGCGGCGCCUCCGACGAGGACCUCGCCCGCCUCCCCCACUGGGCCUUCCAAGAAGCCCUCCCUCUCCUCCACUCGGUACCCGCACCCCCCCUCUCUCUCUCUCUAUCUCUCUAUCUAUCUAUCCAUCUAUAUUAUAUAUAUAUAUUUAUAUCUUUCUCGGUCUGCGUGUGGAUGGGCAGGAGUGCUGCAUCUGCCUGGCAAAGUAUAGGGAGAAGGAGGAGGUGAGGGAGCUGCCCUGCGCCCACAUGUUCCACCUGAGCUGCGUUGACCACUGGCUGAAGAUCAUCGCCUGCUGCCCGCUCUGCAAGCAGGAGCUGGAGAGGUGA